AUGCCCGAGGCAGUGGUCGACUCCAAAUCUCCCAAGCCUAGUCGUCCUCUUUCCAAAGGCGACAAUCCUCCUCCUCGUCACGCUCACUUUGACCUCCCCAACCCGAAAGCAAAACCCUCCGCAGCCAACGAUAUCAAUCCUGAAGAAAAGGCUCCGAAAAACACACAGCCCGACUCCCACCCACAAGUCGGUCAGCCGCCUCUUCCCAAUCUCAACCGUCCCCCUUCUGGCCAGUGGUACACAGCUGUCGAUCCGACUCGCAGUGUAAAUCUUCCUGGUGCGCAGCCGGCAUACGCACAAUCCUACUUUUCUCAUCCUCAUCCUCAAGGUGGCCAUUUUCAACAAACUUUUGUUCACGGAGGGCCUUAUCAAGCUCCCAACAUGGGUGACUAUCAGAAUUGCGUGCCUCCUCCUAUGGGGGUGAAUUUUCAGCCUCCUGUGCCGGAUACUACUUUUGGACCGAUUCCGCACGUUUACGUGCCUAGGUUUGAUGGUGUUCCCGUGUAUGGGGGCGGUGUUCAAGUUUGUUCUCCUUCGUUUUUGUCUUCUUCCCCUUAUUUUGUUUCUGCUCCGCCCUCUCCGCCAACGAUAACCGUGGUUAUGCCCAAGACGUUUUAUCUCGGGGGGUACAACUAUGCAAGUGCUCGUUACUUGGCAGCUACGCCGGGCUACGUUCUCCAACCGGGCAUGAUGCCCAUGCAGCAGCCCGUCAUGCUCAACGGCCAAGCCUACGUGCCUGCUCCUAGUAUGCCCAGCCAGCCCAUGAUGAGCACAGCGGCUGGCAUCCCAGCUCCCAUGAUGGCCACCACCGCCCCGGGAGUAGCUGGCCCCGUCCCCAUCAUCCCAGGUAAUCCCCCUCCUUCCACUGCCAUGCCCGACGUAUCUGGCAUGGGGCGCACGCCCAACGAGGAGAUGCUCCGCCAGGUUGAGUUUGCGUACAGCAACCGCCUGUUUGAGCCGCAGGACUUUAAGCCUGCUGAUGAUGAUCCUUCUCGUUUCUACUAUGUUCGUGAGGUUGACGGGAACUGGACCCAGCGCAACCGUUUUACUAUUGAUCACAUGGGAGAUUGCAGAUGGUAUGUCACUGAUGAGGGGUGGUUUUAUGCCGUGAGAUUGCCAGAUUGA